CCCUGCAUCGCCUCCAGUCUCCUCUCUUCCUCCAUCCAUCCUCCACCCGCAGAUCCGCGCGUCUCCCUCCGCUCCUCCAGCCGCGCAGGAGGCGCUCCGAUCCGGCAGGAAGACGAACCAGACCCCGCCGGAUAAUACAAAAAAAUGGCCUUUUAACACCUGAGAGAAUAACAUGGGUCCUUCCUCCUCCCUCCUCCUCCUCCUCCUCCUCGCCUACCCGAGCUGCCUCCCCGCUGCUGCCGACAGGAGAGCCGGCUGCCUGUUUGAGAACCAGCUGUGUUCCCCGUACGAGGCCUGCGUCAACGACGGCGUGUUCGGGAGGUGUCACCCUGCUCCGGUGAAGGAGGUCUACACCUACGACGUCUCCCCGUCCGUCGUGCAACGCUUCAGGACGCUGCUGGAGAAGCUGUCCAACAGAGGUCUGACCUGGGGAGAUGACGCCACUCAGCAGGUUCUGUCCAAGGAGCUGUCCAAACUCAGGAGGAUUCCCUACAGGCCACAGCAGAAUGGAGCUGUGUACAACACCAACAGAAGGCCGGUUGCCGUGGCGAUGGACCCAGUGGACCAGAGGGUGAAGCCCGUGGAGGCGGAGCUCAGCAGGAAUCUGCAGACGUACCUCCAGCGUCUCGGCCUCCUCCCCAGGACGGCGGCGGCCUCCAGUCUGAGCCCUCAGGCGAAGUCGGGCGCCCCCGCGGACCCCUUCCGCCCCAGGACCCCGACCUCGCCUCAGGAGUCGCCCCCCUCCGGCUUUUCCUCCCUUCCGUCUUUCCUGCCCCGGCAGGAGCAGAGGCCCCGGGACCAGAAGGCCGCGGGCGAACUUCUCCUGGGCGCCCUGAGGCGAUACCUCGCCGGGCGGGCGUCCCUCCGCGUCGGAGCGGCGGCCCUCGCGGAGCACGGGGCCCCCGCCACCCGGCCGAGGCCCUUCCGCGGCGGAGCCCCGACUCCCGGUCUCGACGCGGCGUCCUCGCGGUCCCGCCUCCAGACGUCGGGGAGAACUCAAGCGGCUUCCGCCGGGGGGCCUCUGACGUCUGUGGACGAGCGGUUCAUCCAGAACGUCCUGCAGAGCGUGGGCAGGCACCACGUGGACGUGGACGGCCUGACGACGCACGACCUGGGACAGCUGUCCGGCCUCAUCGCCGACGCCCUGCAGGUGGUGGACCGGGGGCCGAGCGGGGGCGCCACCCGCGUGGGGCCUGGGCCACGAGACCUGGGGGGAGAGAAGGAGGCGGAGGAGGAGGAGGAAGAGGAGGACAGCGCUCGCGAUGACGGAGAGGGGAAGCCGCUCGAGAACGAUCCGACGCCGCCGGCGCUUCAAGAGCGCCCCGCGGAGACGGAGCAGCGUGACGUGAAGGACGAGCCGGAGGGAGGAAUCCUCUUCUCCAAACUCCUCGCCUACCUGGACGAAACCUCCCUCGGCGCCCCCCCCUCGGCGAGGGACGUCGCAGCGGAGACGGCCCAAGGCCGGCAGGCCGGGCUGGAGAACGUGCGGAGUCGGACCAGCGCGGCGGGGGUGGCGGUGCAGAAGAAGGACGCCGCCCAGACGCUGGAGGAGGUGUCGGAGGUGCGGGGCUGGAUCAAGGAGGUGGCGCCGCCCCCCGCCGCCCUCGUCCACGAGGAGCCGCUCGGGAGGACCGCGCACCUCCCCGAACUCCAGCUGGACGUGAAAGCCGGCGGGGGGAAGGCGGAGGAGGACGUGUUCGGCUACGUCAUCACCGACACGGACGGCCUGCAGACAGACAAAGGCCUCCACCUGAUGGAGAUCAUGGCUCGAAGGGCUAAAAUCCAGAUGACCGACUUUGCUGAGCUCUCCGUGGUGGGCCCUGCUGUGACCUUCAAGGUGAACCCCAACGCUCACAACGUCAGCACCGCAGAUGUGGCCAGCGUGGCAGUUCGGCAGAAAGAAGCUGUGGAGGAGGAAGCGAAGCUCAACAUCCUGGAGGCCGGGGUCACCGACGGGAGCCAGAUCAAGCAGAUCCCCACCAAGUACAGCCAGGCGGAGUCCACCAAGUUCCUGGUGCUCACCGUGGUGUCCAUCCUGUGCAUCGUGGGGGUGCUGCUGGCCUCCACCGUGGUCUACUGCCUCCGCCACCGCUCCCACCACAAGCUCAAGGAGAAGCUCACCAACCUGGGGACGGACGCCGGCGGCGAUGCCACCACCAACUACCAGGAGCUCUGCCGGCAGCGCAUGGCGGUCAAACCUGCGUCCGAGCGCCCGGAGCCGAUGUCCUCCCGCAUCAACAGCGUGUCGUCUCAGUUCAGCGACGGCGGUCCGGCCGCCAGCCCCUCGGCGAGGAGCAGCAUCUCCUCCUGGAGCGAGGAGCCCGCCCACUCCAACAUGGACAUCUCCACCGGUCACAUGAUCCUGUCCUACAUGGAGGAUCACAUGAAGAACAAGGACCGCCUGCAGAAGGAGUGGGAGGCGCUGGGGGCCUACCAGGCCGAGCCCAACGCCUGCACCGUCGGCCUGAGGGAUGGAAACGCCAAGAAGAACCGCUCGGCUGCCGUGGUGGCGUACGAUCACUCCCGAAUCAGCUUGAAGGUGGAGAACAGCCAGGGCGGCUCUGAUUACAUCAACGCCAGCCCGAUCAUGGACCACGAUCCCAGGAACCCGGCCUACAUCGCCACUCAAGGCCCGCUGCCCUCCACUGUGGCGGAUUUCUGGCAGAUGGUGUGGGAGAACGGCUGCGUGGUCAUCGUCAUGCUGACCCCCCUGGUGGAGAGCGGUGUGAAGCAGUGCUACCACUACUGGCCCGACGAGGGCUCCAACCUGUACCACAUCUACGAGGUGAACCUGGUGUCCGAACACAUCUGGUGCGACGACUUUCUGGUCCGGAGCUUCUACCUGAAGAACAUGCAGACCAACGAGACGCGGACCGUCACUCAGUUCCACUUCCUGACGUGGCUCAACCAGAGCGCCCCCGAGACCAGCCGCACGCUGCUCGACUUCCGCAGAAAAGUUAACAAGUGCUACCGGGGACGCUCGUGUCCCAUCAUAGUCCACUGCAGUGACGGAGCCGGAAGAAGUGGCACCUACGUCCUGAUCGACAUGGUGCUCAACAAGAUGGCCAAAGGCGCCAAGGAGAUUGAUAUUGCAGCGACUCUGGAGCACCUCCGGGAUCAGAGGCCGGGAAUGGUUCGGACCAAGGACCAGUUUGAGUUUGCGCUGACGGCCGUGGCAGAGGAGGUCAACGCCAUUCUGAAAGCUCUCCCGCAGUAGGAAGCAGCGCCUCGCUUCCUCCUCCUCCUCUUCCUCUUCUGUCUCAUUUAGAGGGCCGUCCUUUGCGAUGUUCCUCCUCCCCGCCGCCUCCCUUCGCUUCCUUGUUGCCGUCUCCUCUUUCCCUCCCUUUUUUCCCGUCUCCUUCUCCCUUCCUUUGUUAUGCAUUUGGCCUCCUCCAUCACCUUGUUGCUAAAACCUCUCCCGCCCUUCAUCCCCUCUUGCCUCCUCACCUCUUGCCUCUUCCUUCCCCGCCUCCUCCUCUCGUCCAUCUUAGUAAACCGACCUUGUCCACAGAUGGACCUUCCUUCUACUGCAACGACCCCCGCAGCCGCUUUUCCAAAGCAACAUUAACAAAAAAACAUUUUCACAAAAAAAUCCUUUAUUAAAUUGAUCCUAUUUUCUGUUUGUUGUUUGUUACGAGUGUGACGGCGAUCAUCACGUGCGUAUCAGUGUCUGACUUUUAGAGCCACGCUUUCUGACACGUUAUCUCAACUCGGUUCUGAUGAGAAGCUGCUCGUAGUCGACAUUUUCCCUCUAUCUUGUCCCUGAUGUGAAAUACAUGCGUUCAUAUUUUCAACGUGAAAUGUCAUAAUCCACGUAGAAGCACUAUGGCGUCUCCCGUGGACACGCACGUCCAACUCGAUGCCGACGCAGGAGAAGGAAACGGCCUCACUGCAGCAGAUUAACCCGUGGGGUUAAAGGUCGACUCAUGAAAGUCCCUCACGAACGAUGGCGAGCACGCGGCCUCUGAGGAUGCUCUGGCGUCUGACUAUCAGUCCUGCGUAGCAUCGACGGGCGGUUUGCACGUGGACGGCGGCUGAAGCUCCAUCGCGUUAAAAGUAGUCGGUGAAACUCGUCAGCUGGUUUUUCCCCAAAAGCAUCUUUGUGCAUUAAAGGUUAUUGUUUCUUCCCGUUUCGCGCUGUAAUCGUCCUCCUGUGUUCCUCGCUGCAGGCAGCCAUUUAUUUCCAUUCAUAAUUGACUGGGAGAAAAAUUGAUAACGCGGAGUGAACUUUUCAAAUCAGUUUUACCACCAAAUUAACACGAAAAAUAAAUGAGCUUGAACCAAAUAGUCAAUUCGAAUUAUAUGCAGACGAUUUGAGAAGUCUGCUCAUAUUGUAUGAAAACGAAUGGAAGCCAACGGCUGCUCAGAAAGCAGACAAACAUUACAAAGCCUUCAUGCAUCGUCGAGAGCACUCACACAAGGGGAGAAGAAGCCCAGUGAGAAAGAUCACGUGGGAUCAGCCUUCAUCCAUCGACGCUUUGAUUUAACAUUCACCUCGUGAGCAGCAGACUCACUGGUCAAAUAGCCUGUUUAUGGGACGGUUAUGGUGACUUUCAGACACCAGCAUCAGCGAGGAGAUCACUUUGUUUUUCUUGGUUUUCCAAACACGAGUUGCAAAGAGAUGCCCAUAAUUACCCAUAAUCCCCUGGGGCUUAGAGAUACGUUUCUACGCAUUAAAGAGAACUCAAAAAUGAACUGAGCAAAACACAACAAACAUCUUAAGAUGCCCUUGUGAAAAUCACAUAAGACAUUGCACAGUUUUAAAUGCAAGCCAUCAAAUUCUAGCUUUAAGUUAACAAACUAAUUUGAAUAACCAAUAUUCCUACUUCCUUACUAUUACUACUAGUGCAUGGCUCCUUUCAUUCACGUGGCCGCCAGACGAUCUUAGCAGACGUCCACUUCGUAGCAUCGAUGCGCCACGACCACGACGCGGUGCAGAACGUCGAGCGUUAUCACCUCUGGACGGAGCGGAUCCCCGCUGAUGCAACGCUGCAGCAAAGCUGCUGCCGCGCUGUUGGAAACGUCGCAGUCAAACGCGCUGCAGGAAACAGCUGGUGGGACGGAAACGUUCCCGCCUUUUUAUAGAAACCGAGCCGUUAUGAAAAUGUGGAAAUAUGUUCAACCGCAUUGAAAAGAAAAGGCUUUUCUUCAUGUGAGAUUUGACUUUAAAUAACAUUCCCCCGAUGUUCACACACUCCACCACGUUUUGACACACAAGAUAUUUUGUUCUAUUGGUGUAAAUUGUGAAUAAAGUAUCAUUGUCCAACUAGUGUUGUAAAGCAA